GAAAAGAAGCUUCAACGAGAAAAGCAGAAGGCUUUUUUGGGUUGUCGAAGAUCCGUCCGAUCCAUUGCUCGCUAUGGCGGCGGGUCUUUGUCACGGCCGGGAACCAGAACCCACCCCCGCAAGCCACUUGGCGCAGGCCGCACCAGCCUGUAGCAACGGCCACCACCACGAACACCCCUGAACGAACGAAAGCGUCGCCGGCGAAUAUAGCACCGCUCCCUCUUCUCCCCGCCACCACCGCUGGUUUUCCGUGCUGCUUCCCCUCUCCGUUUCUGCGUCCCAGUGAGCGCGUGGGAUCUUGAUUCGUGGAAGAGGCAGAGAUGGCUCGGCACUUCGUGCUCAACACCGGCGCCAAGAUCCCCUCGGUGGGGCUCGGCACCUGGCAGUCCGAACCCGGCGGCGUCGGCAACGCCGUCUACGCCGCCGUUAAGGCGGGCUACCGACACAUCGAUUGUGCCAGGGUUUACGGCAACGAAAAGGAGAUCGGUUUGGCGCUGAAGAAGCUAUUUGAAGAGGGUGUAGUGAAGCGUGAAGAUCUGUUUAUCACCUCUAAGCUAUGGAAUGAUCAUCAUGCUCUAGAAGAUGUGCCUGAGGCACUAAAUCAAAGUCUGAAUGACUUGCAGCUUGAGUACUUGGAUCUUUAUCUUAUCCAUUGGCCAUUUAGAGUCAAGAAGGGAACGAACACCAGCCCUGAAAAUUUUGUUCCACCUGACAUCCCAGCUACCUGGGGAGCAAUGGAAAAGUUAUAUGAUGCUGGCAAAGCUCGCGCGAUUGGUGUGAGUAACUUCUCAUCAAAAAAACUGGGUGACUUGAUUGCUGUAGCUCGUGUACCUCCAGCUGUUGAUCAGGUGGAAUGUCAUCCUGGUUGGCAGCAAACUAAGCUUCAUAACUUUUGUCAGUCAUCUGGUGUUCAUCUCACUGCUUACUCGCCAUUAGGCUCACCUGGCACAACUUGGAUGAACAGUAAUACCCUUAACGAACCGGUCAUCAUCUCAAUAGCAGAGAAACUUGGGAAAACCACUGCACAAGUGGCCCUGCGCUGGAACAUUCAGAUGGGUCACAGUGUGCUACCAAAGAGUGUUAAUGAAGAAAGGAUAAAGCAAAACCUUGAUGUUUAUGAUUGGUCUAUUCCAGAUGACUUGCUCGCUAAGUUCUCUGUGAUUAAGCAGGUUAGGCUGCUCAGAGGCAACUUCGCCGUUAAUCCACAGAGCGUUUACAAGACCCAUGAGGAGCUCUGGGACGGUGAAAUUUAGGGACGAUGCCUCGGUUCGCCCUGAGCAGGAAGCCAGCAUACAUUAGGGCCCGUCACUUCUUUUUUAUAUCACCAACCUUGCUCUUAAGAAAUGCAUGGGUCAGUGCUCGAAAACUCUUUCGUUUUAUCCUGUAUCACGAACUACUUCAUCGGUUCAUGUCAAUGCUGUGUAGGCUGCUAGUGUCACUUUGGAUCAUGGUUUGCUGCUUACUGUGACCUGAGCAGUUACCUUCUGGCAUCAUUUAUCCUGUGCUACUGUAGUUUGUAUCCACCCCGGGGAAUUGGCAUCGUUUAUCUUGCGCUAUUUUCUUAUUGUCCAUUUAUGGUUCUCUGUGAAUUUGUUAACAUUCUAACAAUAUUGUGCGCA